AUGCGGAACGAGAGCGGCGACCAGCGCAUCGAGGACCUGAUCCUGCUGCCCUUCCUCCACGAGCCGGCGAUCCUCCACGUGCUCCAGGAGCGCGCGAAGAAGGGCUUCAUCUACACGAACGUCGGCGCGAUCCUCCUGGCCGUGAACCCGUUCAAGCGGCUGCCCGAGCUCUACAGCGACGCGACCAUCGCGUCGCACCGGCGCGUCGGCGCGGCCCGCGACGCGAACCCCGAGGACGCCGCCGCGCCGCCGCCCCACGCCUUCGCCGUCGCGGACCAGGCCUACCGGUCCAUGCGGCGCGCGCUCCUCGAGGGCGCGUCCGCGGCCGCGGACGAGACGCCCGUGGCCGACCAGGCCGUGCUCAUCUCCGGCGAGUCCGGCGCGGGCAAGACGGAGACGACGAAAUUCGUCAUGCGCUACCUCGCGGGCCUGUCCGUCGUCAUGAGCUCGGGCGACGGCGGCGACGCGGCGCCGACGAUGGGCAUCGAGUCGCAGGUGCUCCAGACGAACCCCAUCCUCGAGGGCUUCGGCAACGCGCGGACGCUGCGCAACGACAACUCGAGCCGCUUCGGCAAGUGGAUCUCCCUCGAGUUCGACGGCCGGGGCCGGCUGAGCACCGCGCACAUCCGGACCUAUCUGCUGGAGAAGGUGCGCCUCGUGCGGCAGACGGAGGGCGAGCGCGGCUUCCACGUCUUCUACGAGUGCAUCGCCUACCGCGACGGCGGCGCGCAGCCCUGGUGCGCCACCUGGCCCGACGGGUCGCCGGCGCUCGGCGACGCUUUGGGCGGCGACUCGGUCUGCGUCAACGGGUCGACGUGCGGCGUCGACGGCCGCCACGACGGCGUCCUCGACGUCGAGUCGCUCGAGGAGCGCCUCGAGGCGCUCAAGGCCUUUGGCGUCGUCGGGUCGCUGUCCACGUCGGUCUUCGAGACGCUCGCCGCCGUGCUGCAUCUCGGCGCGGUCCAGUUCGAGGCGACGCGGCACGCGACGGAGGACGCGGGCUCGCGCGCGUCGCCGGCGACGGGCGGCCGCCUCGCGGCCGUGGGCGCGGCUCUAGGGGUGGACGUGGGGCAUCUGGAAACGGCGCUGACGUCGCGCAAGGUCUUCGCGGAGGGCGACUAUUUGGAUUUACGGCUGAGCCACGAGGCCGCGGCCCGCGCGCGCGACGCGCUGCUCAAGGCCUUGUACAGCGCGCUCUUCGACGACCUCGUGGACCGCUGCAACGUCGCCCUCGAGGCGUCGGGCGACGCGCCGAAAAACGGCAAGGCGAAAGGCGCGUCCAUCGGCUUGUUGGACAUCUUCGGCUUCGAGGUCUUCGCAGUCAACUCCUUCGAGCAGCUGCUCAUCAACUACACGAACGAGCGGCUCCAGCAGCACUUCAACGACUUUGUCUUCGAGACGGAGCAGCGCGAGUACAAGGCCGAGGGCCUCUACUGGGACGCGGUGGACUUCCCGAACAACGACGACGUCUUGGCGCUCAUCGAGGGCCGCCAGCAGUCCGGCCGGGGCGCGUCGCUGCCGCCGGCGGGCGCGGGCAAGCCCCAGCGGCGCGCGUCGGCGCUGCCGUCGAACGCGCAGCAGGCCGGAAAACGACCGAGAUCGGAGCCUUUGAAGUUGGGAAUUUCGCACCCUUUUCCUGCCCAGGUCGAGUACUCCGUCCAGGGCUUCAUCGCCAAGAACAUGGACGCCCUGUCGCCCGACUGCGCCAAGGUUUUAGCGGAGUCGACCAAGGCGUUCGUCAGCGGGCGGAGCCCCGUGCCCGGCGGCGGCGGCGGCCGCCGCGCGUCGUCGCUGGCGACGACGACGCUCGCGCAGCGCUUCCGGGGCAGCCUGGGGAGCCUGCUCUUCGAGAUCCGCGCGACGCGGCCGCACUUCAUCCGCUGCCUCAAGCCCAACGACCGCAACCUGCCGGACCUCAUCUCGGCCCAGCGGCUCGUGGAGCAGCUUCGGUAUUGUGGAGUUUUAGAGGCCGUCCGCGUCGCGCGCGCGGGCUACCCCGUGCGCCUGCCGCACGCGGACUUUGCGCGGCGCUACCGCGCGGCGGCCGCGCGGAGCCAGCCCGCCUUCUUCUUCGAAAAGCCCGCGUCCAUGUCCCUCGACGACGCGGCGACGCGCGAGGCGCGGAAGCGCGGCGUCGCCAUCGGCCGGACCAAGGUCUUCCUCCGCAAGGGCGCCUUCGAGGCGCUCGAGGUCCUGCUCUCGCGGCGGCUCACGGCGUCGGCGCUCGCCGUGCAGCGCGCCGCGCGGCGCAUGACGGCCAUGAAGCGCUUCGCGAAGCAGCGCGUGGUCGCGACGGUGCUCCAGGCCGUCGUGCGGCUCCGCAUCUUCAGGCGGCGCAAGGCCGCGACGCGCGUGUCGUCGCUCUUCAAGGCGCGCGGCGCGCGGGUGCGGUUCCGGGCCGUCGCGCGCUUCGCGCGGUGCAUGCAGCGCGCGCAGCGGGGCACCGCCGCGCGGAAGAAGCUCGGCUGGCUGAGGGAGGUCAAGGCCGCGCGGAAGCUCCAGCGCCUCGCGCGCGGCGGCGAGGCGCGCGGCGCGUUCCACCGCCUCCGGUCCGGCGUGACGACGCUCCAGCUCUUCCUCCGCGUCAUGCUCGCGCGCGAGGCGAAGCGC